UAUGCGCCGUUGUUUUCUUCCAAAGAACUGGCUAGUUCACUCUCCCGAAGGUGGUUAUUUAAGAGGAAGAAGAGCUUCAGCAGAAUCGCAGCGUUAUAUUCGUCUAUUCGAAUUGGAGAAUGAAGAAGCUCGAGGGAAGGUGCAAUGUGCUCAAUGGGCAGUUGGAGAGGCUCAUGUGGAAGAUUGUGGUUAUCGUCUCGAUGGUCUCUGGUUUCGGUCCCCACCACUUAGACCGUUGGCAAUUGAAUAUAUGGGGUGUUACUAUCAUGGUAUUUUAUAUUUAAAAAAUUUUAGUUUAAUUAGAAAAUUAAAAUUCAGGAUGCCCCCGAUGCUUCCCAAUACGAGACCAACGUUUGGCUGCAGGCCGUACCGCUGA